GGUACACCUGAGGCCAAGGCACAAAAGAAGGAGGAUCGAAGUGAGCCCAAUAGAAUUGAGAUGUUUGCCCUGACACACACAAGAAAAGAUGGGACGCCUGUUGAUGAUCAUUCUAAGAAGAUUAUGGAUCAAUUUCAACAAUUACUAUCUCAACCUGAGGGGACAUCUUCUUCUACUUCUGCAUCAUCUGGAGCAUCUACAUAUGUAGAUGAGAUAUAUACUCAAGUCAUGGGUCCAGAGAGGCAUGGUCGUGUUCGAGGGUAUGGAUUUGGUCCUACUCCUACCUCAAUCUUUGGUUCUACUAGUAGAAGACGACCAGGAGUUAUUCUUUCAACACAACUUGAAAACGCCCAAGAGAUGCUAAUAGCUGCAGAACAAAAGUUUACAACUGCAACUGAAGAACUCUCAAAUGUGAAAGAUGAACUCUUACAUGUGAAAGAAACAUUUGAAGAGAGGUUGAUAGAAGUUCAAAAGAAGACACGUGAAGAAGUGAAAGAAGAGUUUGAAGAAAAAAUGAUGGAAAUGCAAAGAAAAAUGCAAGCACAAAUUCAAGAACAGAUGAUGCAAAUGAUGCAACAAUUUCAGCAAAAGCAGUAGACAUUUGAAGAUUUUGCUACAUCUUUAUAUGAUAGAUUCU